AUGUCGGACAAGGGGGAACCUCCCCCAACACGCCGUAAACCACCUGAUAGGCGUCCGGGAGUACUCGACAGGCCCCUCAUGGAGCGAGACCUCUUCGCUCCUGAGAGAUCCAGAGUGCUCCCACCUUUCAGCCAACUCCCGAGGCGAAUAGGCAGUAUACCGGCGCCCGGCGCCGCGCUCGGCGCAGGUGAAGCUGUGUCUUCACCGAGCGCAGAACUGGCUCCAUUACCACGCCGGAGCCUAGCCUCGCGGAGACGUACACCUCCUGAGAUAGAACAAGACCAGCUGCAAGAGGAGAAAAGGCUGAGAGCCGGAUCAGACUCACUAUCUGAUUCGGCAUCGCCUUCUGCCUCUGCCACACCACCUGAGAUACAAGCCCCACAACCUGUGGUAAGACAUAAUAGACCGCCUAACUCACCGUCUCCAACCACCUCUCCGGCCUGCACCGCUUACAUGCAGGAUUUCGGUGAGGAAGACCCGGAAGGAGAGAGAGAGUGGGACAAUACGUCCUACGCCACUCUAGCCCCAAUUCAAGACUCCCCACCUGUAAACCAGGAGCCCAUACCCGGUCCAUCUUCAGCGCCAGACUCUUAUGCGCAAAUUGCAGCAGCGCCGAGCGCAAUUAAAGAGCUGAAAGAGCGCAGUGGAUCAUCUUUGCAAGCGAUAAAAAAAUAUAUUGCCGCUCAAUAUAAAGUCGACGCUGAAAAACUAGCUCCGUUCAUCAGAAAGUACCUGAAGAGCGCAGUCGAAUCGGGUGCGCUUAUACAGACAAAGGGCAAGGGGGCUUCCGGUUCCUUUAAGCUUGAAUCAAAAUCGUCCGCCUCUAAGAAACCGUCGACGGGUAAGAGCAGCGGUGGCGCAAAGAGCGGCGCGUCCGCCGCUAGCUCGGUGUCGGCGAAGGUGAAGAAGAGCACCGCCGCGGGUAAGGGUAAAAAGGCAGCAUCGGCAGCGACCGCAUCAUCACCGUCUAAGGCAAAACCGUCUGCAGCUACCAAGGACAAGAAGGCGGCCGCCGCGAAAAAGAAGCCGGCAGCCGCAAGAAAAUCCGCAACCGCUGGCCAAAGCGGCGUUUCUAAGGCGAAAGGCGCCGCUUCGAAGGCGAAAAAGAGCGCCAAACCACCGACAAAGAAACCUAAGGCUCCAAAACCGAAGAAGGCGGCAACACCCAAAUCGAAGCCUUCCGCGGCGGCAUCGAAGAAGGCAGCCGCUUCUAAAAAGUAA